AUGUAAGGAUUGAUUCCUUUGGACUUUGGUGAAUCGUCGGAAAGAUUGGAUGGCAUUAGUUCAAUAAGCAACAAUUCUAGUGUAAUGUAAAUACAUUCAAUUAUUUAAAGGGCACAUCAUGGAAACGAAUUUUCUUUUUAAGGUAAUAACAUAUAGGCUUCAAUGCCUCAGAUUAAUAGAACAAUUAAGAAUGGGUAUUCAGUGAAAUUAACUUAGUAUUGCGUUUAAUAUGAAUGAAUAAUAUACAACUUUAGGAAUAUAAGAGGUUAAGGAGAAUAAAUUAAAUAAAAAGGAGGCUUAUGUAAAGAUCACUGUAAUAAAAAAUAUGGUUGGUUUAGAAAGUAACCAGAAGAAGGAAUAUUAUAUCAAUAAUUAAGGGUAACAAUUAAAAUGAAUAUAAGAUUAGUAGAAACCAAGAAAAAUACAAACUAGAAAGAUAUAAUGAUAGGUCGUUAAGAGAAAUUUGAAUUGCAAGGAUAAAGCAUUUAUCCAAAUGAUAUUGGUAUUUCAUUUAUUUUACUAAUAAGUUCUAACUGAAUAAGAACGACUUAUAUCACGCAUCCAUUGCAAGCUGAUUUGUAAAGAUUUCUUUAGAAAAGAAUCAUACAUUAACCCUUUGUAUAAAAAUACUUUGGGUUAUUUAAAAAAUAAAUUACCUCAUUUUGUUUUGAUUAAAAUAGAAAAGUUUCUAGAGUAUUAAAUAAGAAUUCUAUUUUUAGAGAUCCGAAAGAAUGUUAUGUACAAGACGUGGGAAGUGUUUUUGGAACAUAUAUAAGAGUAGAUAAGAAAUAUUAGAAGUUAAGGAAAAGUCAUCAAUAUAGUAUCGGAACUGAUACAACAUUUUAAAUUUAAGAUUGUCAUAUUUAGGAUAAAAAUUUAAAAUCUCCUGAUGAAAAUUUUGAUUUUAUGAUGGAUUAAAUAAGGAAUAACUCGUUUAAAUGCAAUAUUCAUGGAUUGUCAUUUGAAUAAAAAUAAUUUGAUACUUAAACCACAUAAUAAUAGCUAGAAAAAUCACCUAUGGAAAUUGCAUUUAUCCUUCAAAAUUUGAAGCAAUAUAAUGUGCCAUUCAUUUAGUUAGUCUUUUCUGGAUCAGGAUUGUAAGGAUUGUAAGGAUGUUAUCUUCAUUACUUGUUUGCUAAAGAUUAUAAUAGUGAAUUUUCAAUUGGAAGAUGCAGUGAAAAUAAUAUCAGAAUAAAUUCAAAUACUAUUUCAAGAAAAUAAACAAGAAUUAGAUUUAAUGAAAGGUAUCAUGAUUUCUUAUUUGUACUAAGGGAAAAUAAAUGGGAAAUUGCUGAUGGUUCAUAAGACAGGGAAUCAGCUAAUGGAACGUGGCUGCAAUUAUCAACAAUUGAAGAGCGUGAUUAAAAGAUAGAGUCUCAACCUCAUCCGUUGAAGCAUUUAUCAGAAAUAAAAAUAAAUGAUUAUAUAUUGAAAGUUGAAUUAUUUGAAGCUAGGUAUGAUUAUUGAUAUCACUUUAAGAAAAUAAAAGAAAAUUAAUACCAAGCAAUGUUAAUAAGACUUCAACUGA